CCUUAAUGUGCCGAGGUAAGUUGCUGUUGUGUGAUUGUUGUCGCGCUGAAAUUCAGGUUUGGUCAGUGACAGUCGGCCCUACAUAUCUCAAAGAGAGAGCAGCCGGGAUCCCAAGUAACAACAGACGUUUUGAACUCUUUUGUCAUUUUAGCCUGUGAAGUUUGUCGGUUUCCUGCAGCCCCAUUUUUUAUCAAGAUGACUGAAGUUCAGAUUUGCAAUGUCGAUGAGUGGAUCAAAGAAAACAAGAAGUGGUUCGUGCCUCCAGUCUGCAACAAAAUGAUGCACAGUAAAGGUCAGAUGAAAUCCUUCUAUGUUGGAGGUCCAAACCAACGCAAGGAUUACCAUAUUGAGGAAGGAGAAGAGUUUUUCUACAUGGAAAAAGGCAACAUGUGUUUGAAGAUUGUUGAGCAGGGUAAACACAGAGAUAUCCCCAUAAAAGAAGGAGAGUUUUUCUUGCUGCCACCAUGCAUUCCUCAUUCUCCUCAGAGGGAGGCAGAUACCAUCGGCUUAGUCCUGGAGAGAGAACGUGAUGAGAAGGAGAUGGAUGGACUCAGGUAUUUUGUUGGUGACUCUACGGAGUCUCUGUAUGAGGUAUGGUUCCAUUGUGAGGACUUGGGCUCACAGCUUGGUCCCCUGAUCAAGACGUAUUUCGCAUCUGAGCAACACAAGACUGGAAAACCCAUUCCUGGAACCAUUCCUGAGAACCCACCAGUGACCAUUGAUCAAGAGACCAUGGUAGAAGACCCGAUGUCACUCCAAGGAUGGAUUGAAACAAAUAAAAAAGAAAUCGAGGAGAAGGGACACAAGUUUCUCUUUGGAAAAAAAUAUCAGUUUGAGAUUGUGAUGUAUGGACCAGGAGAGCAUGUUGGGGGUUGUGAAGCUGCUGAGACAUGGCUUUGGCAGAUUAAAGGAUCGUCAGAGGUCAGUGUAGGAACAGAGAAAGUGAGGAAGUUUGAGUUGACUGAGCGUGACUGUAUGCUGAUACCAACAGACACCAAAUUUACUGCCAAGCUGGAGAAGGGUUCUUUUGUUCUGGGAUGUUGCCAAGACCCCAGGAAGAAGGAAGUAGCCCAGAAGGAUUAAGGGACGAUAUCUGCAUCGAGCAACAAAAGACCAACCAACCACUGUACAUCCCUACCCUAUGUUAGUCAAAGUCUUUCGGAUUUGACUUAAGCCGUGUUCGCACUGGACUUAAUUUGGGCAAACUAACCGAGCCAAUGGGUAACUUACCCAUUUUAAGUCCAGUGCGAACAGCCUGGGUAGUUUUCCUGACAGGUAACUUACCCACGCCGCGCGGUUAGUUUAACCGAGCCAAAGGUGCCCAGGAAGAUUGACCGAGUGCCCAGGAAGAUUGACCGAGUCAGUUUAACUGAGCCAGAAAGUCCAGUGCGGACACAACGUCGCGGUUAAAUCUUCCUGACCCGAGGAAGCUGACAUGUUUUGUCAUGGAAGAAUAAGAUUUUCGUGAUUAUCAAACUAUUCAAUGUAGCACAAAUCAGGAAUGCAACUCGUAAGCUGAAAAACGCGAAAUAAUUUUUCCGUACAAGGAUUUAUAAGUUCGAGAAAUGACCCGUUCAGAAGUUGCGAUCAAAAGUUUCUAUAUAUGACGGUGAUUUGUACAGCAGUAAAAGGCAAAUGCAGUCAACAAUCGCUAGAUCGCGUGUACUAAAGCUAGCCGAGUAUUGGUCCCUAUAUGUCUUUAUCCACAACACAAACACAACGGAGCCAGGCCGUGCAGAAAAUAGGUAUUCCUAGCCGCGUAAUGGGCCCUUUGUGUCGGAGCAUGCCUCAUUGGCAGGCGGCGUUGUGCAUGCUCUUUUGCCUCGCAAGUCUUUCGUCUUUCCAAGUUGUAAAAAAAAAAGAGGUGCGGUGAAUUUGAUAUCGAAUCGUUUAGAUUAACAAUAUUUGCGAAAGAUCGAGCCGAAAACCAAAAAGUGCAGUUCAAAGGUUACGCAGGGGGCCAGCUCUGUUAGUUUACCCGCGGUCUCGGUAAGUUUACCCGAGUCAAAUAAAUCCAAGUGCGGACGGUGGGAAAGUUAACCCGUCGGAAUGUUACCCAUCGUCAUGGUUAAGUUACCCAAAUUAUUAAUCCAGUGCGAACACGGCUUUAGAAACUAUGUGCAGCAUUUUUUUAAGUUUCCACAAAUCCAGCGACCACCGUUAAUCUGUCUUAUUUUGUAUACACUUCUGCAACCGAUGCUGUCAAGGAAACCAGAUAUAAACACUGGCCUGAUGAGCCAUAUUGGCUUGAGACAGACUUUACUUCACUUUCUUCUCCACUAAUCAUUGAUUAUUACCCUGCUGUGUUGUUGUUGGUAUUUUUGAAAGUGAAUAGACCGAUCCAUUAAGCUCCGCCCUAUUGCGUAUUGACCAAUCACAACGCAACAAAAGGUCCGACAAAUAAGGUCCGACAUGUGUGCGCAUAAGCUUGGCGUGCGCGCGGCAGAUUGUGCAGAAAGUCAUUGGAGAGGCUCACGUGUUCUUGCUCACACGUGCGUCGUGGGCGGAGCCUAAUGGAUCAGUCUAUUGAAAUGCUUGGUAUUAUUAUUAUUAUUACUACUUGAUUUCAAAAAUCAUGUUGCGUCAGUAAGUUGUGAUGUGGUUAGCAUGGGGGCCCAUGUAUUGGCUAAUGUAGGUUUGUUCUAUUAAAUCUUUUAGUGCAAAGGUCAUACAUGUACGAUCUAUUUUAUGUAUUUAUGAUCUAUGUCAUAAAUUCAAAAAGUGUACCUCAAAAAGUUUGGCAUUUUAGGUUCAAAAGGCAUACAACAAGCAAGCACUGUAAGAGCUUAGAAAUGAAUUGUAUUCUAUCCCACAAAUUAAUGAGGGGAAAGUACUUCCGCCAGUCUAAAGUAAAGAAAUGCUUCUGUAAAUAUUGUUAUAUAUUUUUUUAUAGAUUUUGAUGGUUACGGCAAUUAAAAGCGACCGCCAUCAAUCGAAUUGAAAUAUUGUUGUGAUUUUCAAAGCGCACAUUUUUAAAGCUGUUCUUUUUAAGCUGUUAUGCUUCUCAGAUUAAAAAUCUUGGGCAUAAAAAAGCUAUUUUUUUUUACAUAACCACAUUUCUUCAAAUAAAAAUGU